GCAUAUGGACAAAGUUCCAGCAUGUAUGAGCGUUCUAUGUACUCAGCACAAGACAGGAUGCAAAAUUAUACAUCUACCACUGGAAGUAACUUCAGUAGUGCUCCGAUUAACUACAACCCGGCUCCGCCGAGCAGCAGCUUCUACAAUCCCCGAGCACCACCGCCACCAGAAGAGGACGAAGAAGAACUGUACUAUAGCGACGAGGAGCCAGCCCCAUAUGAACAACAGUUAUCUACAAGCAGUCAAAGUGGUGCAGGACGAGAUUCCUCUCCAGGACGAUCCUACGAGACGGAUGCGACGGUCACUCAAGCGAGUGUCCGAGCACGAGCACGAUCACGACGCCCGCCCCCACCGUUGCAGGUGUCAAGCGAAGUGGCAAGGAUCCCACAGGAGUUUACUCGCCCCAACAUUACGGGCACGGCGGGAAAAUACGAAUCGCUUGACCCUAGUUUCAAGGUACAUCGCUCGAAAUACUUCAAGCCUGGUCAGAUAUUCAAAGUCGUAUGGGCGGAGCCGAAAGGCGAACCCAGAUCCGAUACCGCAUCAAUAUCAGAGCAGACUGAUGUUACAGUUGAGGGUUGGACUGCAGACGGAGAAUAUGGACAAAAGGUCUACUCCAGUGUGCGAAGAUUCGUCGUCGUGGCUACUGGCAAUGGGUUUUCCAAUUGCGUACCAAUUCUCACAUACGGCCGUCAAGGCUUAGGGAAGCGAGGCAUCACUCCCGAGUACCACGCCAUCAUAUACUCGACGCCCGAACCUCCUGUGCUAAACUUCGUACCGCAUCUGAAGCCUAUCCAAUUCGAGGGCAGAAAUGCUCGACAUAAGCUUGAACCAAUGUCUCUUGUCAAUUACGCCAAGAUAUAUCCAGUCGAGCACAACGUCAAGGUUCAAUUCAUUGGCUGGGUUGCGAAGGACUCCCAGCGCCAUUUUGUCAGAGACUCCAAUGGUGUCUGGAACAGCCUCAGACAGAUGUAAGUGGAGGACAUAUAGCACGUUCUGUGGAGUGUCGAUAUUGAACUCGGCCAGAUCGAUCAUAUAGUGUGUGACUACGUGGUGCUAGAAGACUCAUUGAGCUAGAAGAUAUAUACGUUAGGCAUAUGCCUACUUAGGUAAGUAUUUGCGUUUCAUUUGUAUGCGGACUGUACUUUGCGUUAUGAUUCGUCAUGUACACCUUGGUGUGCCUUGCUCGAGUGGCUCUUUGUAUGUGGCGAACAUUUAUGAUGUGUGGAAUUGCCAUGUGGAAGGGCUGAAUGAAAGUGGAGUAUGGCGGGGUGUUGAACGUAACAUCGGUGCGAAGCUCAGCCAUCAGUGG